AAGUUUGCUGGGAAGGUCACGUCUGGGAGUUGAGGGAAGAGCAGCAGGUAUCACGGGCAAACGCGGGGGUUUUCUACACUGCGGCUCAUAGAAUUGAUGUUUAUCUGGGAAAUACAAAAAUGAGAAUGGCGUGGAGAGAGAAGCCGUGCUGCUUUAAGGCGUGCUGGACGACUGAUGGUAGAGGGGAGAAUGACAGCCAACAAGAGCUCCAAGGCUGCCCCCCGAGCCACAACGAGUAAGACGCCUCAGGACAUUCCGGAAAGGUGUCAGUCGGCGUCUCCGCCCCCCGUUCUCUCCGCGGGGAAGGCUCUCCCUCGGCCCCACCCUCUGAGCGACAGUGAGGAGUGCUGCCAGCGCGGCGGGGGCGGCGGCGGGUACGGGUACGUCAGGGUGAGCGAGGCCCGGCUGCGGAGCCUGAGGAACCCGAGCGGAAAGAGCGCCACCCUGUGCAGCGACUACUUCUCCCAGAGCCGCCUGCUGAAGGCCCGGAGCAUCAGCUGCCUGGACAACCGGCUCUCCGUCUACAAGCCGGCCCGGGACGGGGACGAGGACGGGGACGGGCAGGGGGCGGAGCAAGGGCAGGGGCAGGACCAGGCAAAGGACCCGGGGCAAAAAGAGAACCAGCUGGAGGGCAGUCCCGUCGGGGAUGGACUGAGCGGAGGCGGCGGUCAGCAGGGCUGGACCUGCCCAGGCCUCGCCCCCAACCACGCCCUCCACCAGCGCAGCCUCUCCCUCACCCGCCCCGUCUCCGGCUCCCAGGCCGUGGCCAUCCGCAAGCGCAUCUCCGAAUGGGAGUGCCGGCGGGGGGCCCCGCCUAGGAUGAGCCUGUGUUUGGACAAGCGGGGGUCCCUGGGCGGCCUGGAGGGCCAGGGGCCCCUGUCCCCGACCUGCAACGAGACGGCGUUCAACCUGAAGGCCACGCGCAGGGCGAGCAUCGCCUUCUCCGAGUGCUCGUACCCGGAAACGGAGGAGGAGGGGGAGGGGGUGGCCUCGGACCGGGACAGGAGGCCCAGCAAAACGGACCUGGUCCUGCGCUCCUUCUCCUCCCGCAGGGAACCGUCCGCCGUCCUAAACCGGAUACAGAAGAUCGAGCAGACUCUGAAGGAAAGCCCCUCCCACACCCCGCCCCUGUAUCCCAGCAGUUGCUAUGCGCCGGACAGGCUGCGACAGCGGGCCUUCACCAUCUCCGGGCAUGGGGGCGCCAGCGGCACACACGCUGGCAAACGGGCCAGCGUCGGUUCGUUCCCUGUUGGGAGGGAUGCUUCCGCUGCCCUGGGACAGGACAGCACCCCAAAACGGGAGCAGAGGGCAGGCCCUGGCAGCCCUGACCUCAGUUCCCCAGAAUCGGCACGGGCUAUGCCCGUCAACCCCCUGCCCAAACCCAAGCGCACCUUUGAAUACGAGUGCAACAGGAGCAACGGCCUGGCCUCCCCCAGUGGCUCCCUCGAGUCGCCUCCCCCUCUGCCCUCCACCCCAGCUCCCUCCCUCAUGCGAAACCAGGGCAAGGAAGGGAGCGCACACAGGGAAUCAUGUGAGUCAGAGGAUGCCACCAGCCUGCCUUCCUCCCACCCCUCCUCACCCACAGAGAAUGGCAUGGUCUCCACGGCAACCCGCACCCGCCCCAGUUCUAAGGGCACUUUAGAGGAGAACGCCUAUGAGGAUAUUGUAGAGGCUCUGAAGGAGAACCCGUAUGAGGACGUGGAUCUGAAGGGCCGUAUUCUGCUGAGGAAGUCCCGGCUGUUAUCCGAGAGCUCGCGGAACUCACUCAACAGGAUGUGGACCCCCCAGGACAGGAAGUCCAGUACACCUCCCCAGCUGCCCUCCAAACCCGGCAGCCAAUCUCUGCGCCUCCCGGGCCCCUCGGACAGGAAGUGCCACCGGGCCUCUCGCCUGAGCAAGCGGCACGGCCCUGAUGACGUGUUGCUCCUCCCCCCGCUCGGCGUCCCCUCCUCCCCCUGCGGCCUGCUGAACGACGGGCUGAGCGGGGGCGGCGACACCCUGGGGCCCCGCUGCCGCCGCAGGGUCCCAAAGUUGGUGCAGAGAAUAAACUCCAUCUACUGUUCUAAGAGAGGGAAGAAGAGACUGAAGAAGCUCUCCUUCUCCAACAUAGAGCCAUCCUCUCUGAGGGAAGACAACAGCGAGAGUGAGAGUGACUCAGAUGACAGGUUCAAAGCUCACACACAGCGCCUCCUGAAGCUGCAGUCCCUGCUGCGUCGCGCCCCCAGCUACCGCACGCUGGAGCUGCAGCUCAUCGAGUGGCAGGAGCGGGAGCUCUUCGAGUAUUUCGUGGUGGUUUCCCUGAAGAAGAAGCCCACCAAGAACUCCUACACCCCAGAAGUGUCCUACCAGUUCCCCAAGCUGGAGAGGCCCACUAAGCAGGUCAGAGAAGCUGAGCAGCGGCUCAAGGCCAUCCCUCAGUUCUGCUUUCCGGACGCCAAGGACUGGAGCCCCGUGUCCGAGUACAACAGUGAGACCUUCUCCUUCAUGUUGACUGGGGAGGAUGGCAGCCGACGAUUUGGAUAUUGCAGGAGGCUGCUGCCAUGCGGGAAAGUUCCCCGCUUACCCGAGGUCUACUGCAUCAUCAGCCGCCUCGGCUGUUUCGACUUGUUCUCCAAGAUCCUGGAUGAGGUGGAGAGGCGCAGGGGCAUUUCGGCUGCCCUGGUGUACCCCUUCAUGAGGAGCCUGAUGGAGUCACCCUUCCCUGCCCCAGGGAAGACCAUCAGAGUCAAAACAUUCCUGCCUGGAGCAGGGAAUGAGGUGAUGGAGUUGCGACGGCCCUCGGAUUCUCGCCUGGAGCACGUGGACCUGGAGAGCCUCUUCAGCUGCCUGAGCGUGCGGCAGGUGGUGCGGAUCUUCGCCUCUCUGCUGCUGGAGCGCAGGGUCAUCUUUGUGGCUGACAAGCUCAGUACCCUGUCCAGCUGCGUGCAUGCCAUGGUGGCGCUGCUCUACCCCUUCUCCUGGCAGCACACCUUCAUCCCCGUGCUGCCCGCCUCCAUGGUGGACAUCGUCUGCUGCCCCACUCCCUUCCUGGUGGGCCUGCUCUCCAGCUCCCUGCCCAAACUCCAGGGGCUCCCUGUGGAGGAGGCUUUAAUGGUGGACUUGGGAACAGAUCGCUUCAUCAGACAGAUGGAUGAUGAAGCCACACUGUUACCAAGGAAACUUCAAGCUGCUCUGGAGCAGGCUCUGGAACAUAGAAAUGACAUCAUCAACCCAGAUACAGACAGUGAAUCUGAUGAAGAGUCUAACUCCUUGAGCAACCUGGUGUCGGAGGCCUUCAUCCGAUUCUUCCUGGAAGCCAUCGGCCACUACUCGCUCUUCAUGACGCAGAACGAGCGCGGGGAGCGGGUCUUCCAGCGCGAGGCCUUCCGCAAGUCCGUGGCGUCCAAAAGCGUGCGCCGCUUCCUGGGCGUCUUCAUGGAGUCGCAGAUGUUCGCCGGCUUCAUACAGGACCGGGAGCUGCGCAAGUGCCGGGCGAAAGGUCUGUUUGAGCAGAGAGUGGAGCAGUACCUGGAGGAGCUACCGGACACAGAGCAGAGUGGAGUCAACAAGUUCCUCAAAGGCCUUGGAAGUAAAAUGAGGUUUCUCCACAAAAAGAACUAAAGAAAACACCCUGUUGCACCAGUCUGUGAAACAUCAGGUUACGGAAUCAUUUUUGUACAAACCCGAAGUGUGCACAUUGGAAUAUCUGAUGUGCCACACACGUCGUCUACAGAACAUUUAUUGUAAAUUGGAAGCUAAAACUUCAGUGGAUUCACAUUUUGUACAUAUUUUACUGAAAGCUUUCUGUGAUUCUUCUGAAAUUACCAAUUUCUGUUACACCUCUGAUAACUUGUGUCUAUGAAUGUCUUGUUUAUUGUGAAAGAGCAGAUUACUUGCUAAUGGAUGGUACCGAACGUGCAUUCAAAUGGUUUGAGGACCCACUGAUUUAACUGCAAAAAACUUGUGUAUUUUAUUGGAGGUAUGGUGAAAACUGAAUGAAUGUAGCGACUGGUAGUUUAUAUGCUAGCGUGAUUGUCAGUUUUAUAUCUAAAACUAGCUUGCCUUGCCUAUGAACUGAGGUACUUCAUCAGAAAUGCUUUUUGCUGCUUAUUUUUGUAAAUGUACAAAGAAAACAUUCACAUUUCCAUCUCUUUAACAGCUGUGAUUGUUCAUGGUUGCACCACUGAAAAAAAUUAUUCAAAAUAUAAACGCUCAUAGCUGAACUGAA